AUCAAACUGAUUAUCUACUCAAGAUAUUUUGAAUAAGAAUGUAAGUCCUAACACCUUGUUAUUGACUUAAGAUAACGUGACGGAUUGGCGAGUACGACCCGCUAAAAAGCACUCUUUCAAAACCUCAAAGCAUUGCUCAAUCAAAGCAAAUUAGUGUGACUCGGAAAUCAGUCUAGAUGACAGCGCCUGAUUUCAAACGUCGUACCAAAGGGUCCCGAUCCUGUGGAGUUAUAAAUUGUCAAUCAAGUACUAGCACUUUAAUCUUCUUGUAAAACUGUGGUCUUUCUGCCAAGCUGUGGUACAGCGCUGCAACAGUUGAACUGCUGGUAAUUGAACUGCUGAAGUCAUGGAAUUCGUGUGCCAGUAUGAUGUAAGAGAAAUUCUGGGUCAAGGCUCUUUCAGCGAAGUAAAAAAAUGUAUCGAUAAAAGGACGAGACAAGCCUUCGCAGUAAAGGAGAGAGUUUACAAUACCGACGAGCAGAAAGAAAGAAUCGAGACAGAGAUACAGGUGAGGUGAAAUAUUCAUACAUCGACGAAAAGUUCUCAGUAAAGGUAACACUCUCUAGAGUUCUGAUUACGCCGGGGAAUUCGACGGACUAGGAAUACGCUCCUGAAGAGUUAUAUUCAGCCGAUUGCUUUAAGUACUUAGUGGCCUUGUUUAUGGUUGUAUUGCAUAGAGUGAAAAGAUUGGACAAAAAACCAUCAUUUGCAAUAUUGAACGUUUAUUCCGCCCGUGAUACUGCUGACUGAGUAGCAGUUAGGUUUUCGGACCUUUAAAUUGUCGAGGUGUUUCUCUGAAAAACAAUAAUAACUAUGAUAAAUAACACAUAAAAAUGAAUGUAAAGUGUUAAUGAUCUUAAGCGUGCGAUGUAAAAAUAAAUUUAUCUCCUGUUUCUAUUAGAGACAAUUGAAGUUCUGUAGGAAUGGUGAGGUCACACCACCCUUAAAUCUAUUCAGUAUUUUAAGGAAUUAUAAACAAAGUACUUUGAUGCCGUGAAAUCUGCCAAGCGAUCAAACUUUUUUGGAAAAUGAGUUUUGUACCCCUUGAAAGUCGAUUAUAGAUCCUUUUUUACCUAGAUUCGUUUAGACCACACAAUAAAUUAAAGUAACCACCGAAUUGUUCCAUCGUUUUGAUAAGCUAAUGACUUAAUAACUACCGCUUUUUAACAAAAGAGACGUAUAAAGAUGGACGAGUUAAUGACGACAUCUUAUUCUUUUUAGAAGAAUAGCAGUUGGUCAGUUAAUGCACUUGCGGCUAAACUAUGGAAAAGAAGAGGAAGUCGGUUUUUGAACUACGUGCUCAACAUAACGUGAUUUUCUGCAUCUUUUAAGAACGAUUUUGCAUCUCACUACUAUGUAUUAGAGAUAAAUGAAAAUAUAUUUUCUCUUUCAAUAGUCUGGAAUAUGAAAAGUUAACGAGAAAAGCCCUAGCGUAGGUCCCGUGUGGUUGAGUUAUGACUCGUGUUUAGUUUUGUUAUCACACAAAGUCAAAGUUGAUUAGUGGACCGCUUCAAAUUAAAAACUUCAAGAACAGUACGUCUCGUCAUCACGCAACGUGAUGAGCUGAAUUUUAAAUGUUUAUAUCAGUUUUUUCUUCUGUUUCUUGGUCGCCGGGAGUGCAUGAAACAACUUGUCAAAGAUUUACUAAAUUUUAAAUUAAGUUGCAUACUUGAUUUUUUUCCUUUUUUUAUCGCCUAGAAACUUCUUGCCGAAAUGAAAGAUUUAGCAGGAUUAACUAAAUUAAUUUGCCUGUGCUUUAAGCUCAGUCCAAUAACCUCUUUCGCGCCUAAGAAAACAUAUACGUCGCCUCUCGUCUCCUAGAAGCCGCCGCUUUCACAUGUAAAUUUACUUUUGACAAUAAAUGUUAGUCAUGUCAGAGACCCUUUUCAGGGUAAAGACGCUGAAUGUGAGAUUAGUAGAUAAGUUAAAAAAAAAAAUCACUGUACAUGGCUGCGUGCAUUUUUUUCGGUGGCGUAGUACGGCUCCUACUUCGCUCCUCCAGUCGCACGUAAGGAGUCAGUUUCUACUCUGGUGCAUUUUAAUUUGAUCGAUGGAUAAAGAUAAAAAGUACCCUACGCGAGGUUUCUUUCUGGCAUGGCUUUUAACAGAAGUCGUUUGAAGUCGCCGCAUAAAAAAACCAACUAAGCGACUGACAAGCGACGUGAACGACUUCGUAAAUGUUACAAGCCAUUGCCAGAGAGACUGAAUCCCAGAGCAGCGUGGACAUGAGUAUAGUUAAUGUACAUCUGUAAAGUAAGUAUGAGUGGGAAUACCGCCAAAAAAGAGCCGGAUCAAAAUUUUUCCCACGGCCAGGCAGUCUAUACAUAUGGUGUCGCUGCAACAUUGAGAUGAAUUUUUUCUUCCACCAGAUUCUUCAGGAAAUGAGUCAUCAUAACAUUCUUAAGCUGCACCACGCUUAUCCUGCGUUCGAUCGAUAUUACCUCGUUAUGGAGUUGGCGUGUGGUGGAGAGCUCUUUGAGGACCUGGUGUCGAGAAAUGCUUUCUCUGAGAGCACUGCGCGAGAAGUCAUGUUGCAGCUAUUUAGCGGGGUACAAUACAUACACAGUCUUAGAAUUGUCCAUAGGGUAAGGAAAGUGACUUACAUUACAGGUCUUGAUGGUUGUAAGAUUCUGGCAAACUGCCCAGCUACCCCUCCCCCAAGUCAAACAUUUUGCUCCCAAGGUGAAAAGUUACAGUGGAACCCAGUCAAUACGGACACCAAGAUUGGGUCAGUUGGGAGGGUGCCAGUCUGCUGAGCGGAAGAUCGCGGGUUCAAACCCCGGCCGGACCAAAACUCAGGGUCUUUAAAUAACUGAGAAGAAAGUAAUUCCUUUGCAAUGACAUCUGCAAAUGGUUUAGACUUUCUGUUUUUUUCGGAUAAGGACGAAAAACCGUAGGUCCCGUCUCACAGCACUUUCACUGAUCUGGUUCUUGUGGGACGUAAAAGAACCCACACCAUUAUUCGAAAAGGGUAGGGGACGAAGACCCCGGUGGUCUGGCCAACCUUUCCUGGUUUGGGUGAGUUAUCUGUAAGGAGAGAUCUCAAUAUAGAGAUAACCUCAUGAUCCUCCUUUAGGUGUAAUGGCCACCUGUAAAUAUUGUAUAUAUAUGAGGAGACAUACCGUAGAGUCCAUAUUAACUGGGUGUCGGGAUAGAGUAGAAUUUCCGCACCGUAAUUAACAGAUUCUCUGUCAAAUGUUAUGUCCUAAAGAAUUCUCCGUACGAGAAGAAAGCAUUCUAAAUCAGUUUUACUAAGUUAUCGAUUUAAUUGUAGAAUAUCCGACCUGAGAAACUCAUCCUUGGUUGGAAGUCCGUCGAAAAUAAUAGCCAUUUUCCACCUUUGAAACUCAGUGGCUUUGGUUUGGCCAAGAAAUUACCAGGUAAGAAUAUAUUUAACUUGAUACAAAGACAUACCAGCUGAGAAUGGAAGCAAAACACUGUUGGACCAUAACGUCGUCGUACAGCGUUUUACAGUCAAUCUGUUGUAUAAUUUUACACUUUCAAUCUUUUAGACAAUUUAGACCUCAUUAGUUGUCCGAUUGAGGGAUCUCCGCUCUACCUCGCUCCUGAAACUAUCACUAAACAACCCAUUGGAAGAGAGGUCGACAUCUGGGCAUGCGCAGUAAUAUUCUAUACUUUGCUGGUGAGUUUUUUUUAUGCCUUACAUAUGCCUUUAAUUAAAAUGCAUCCCUUCUCCUCAAAUGGAAUAGGAAACAUCAUCGAAAGGUCACUCGGACAUAGAGUCAAGUAACGCAUUAUUUUAUAGGCAACAAGUUACAUCAGGGUUCCAGGCAAUCUUAUAUAUUUUUUAGUUUUAUCUGAUCUGUUUCUUCUCUUUAGUUGCUAAGGGCGGGGAAUUACAUCUCAUUAAUGUAUUGGAGCGGUUAUUAGCUAGACGCACAUGAAUCCAAAAUUAACUCUCGUAAUUGCCUUGGUUUACCAUACUUUACGAUACUAAGCUUGUGAUUGUGGAUACAUCUAGUCAGCGCGAGGUUCUCCGCCUCAGGGUAGAGCUUGUUGACAACUCCGUUGAAAACCUUUCCUUCGGCUUGCUUUAGCUAUGUUAGCAGGCAUGCAAACGUGUUUAAUGAUUAAAUUCCUUUCUUUCUCUUAGGUAGGGAACAACAAAGAAAAUAGCGGACGUUUGCUCAUAGGCCAUAUAGCUACGUGCAUUUGCUUCCCUUUCUGAUUAGCCCAUUGCCUCUCUCUGUGUAUUAAUUGGCCUUGAUCAAGCUUAGUGCAUAAUUGCUCCCAGAGUGAUAUAUGUGUAAGUUUUUGUCUCGUCAGCCACAUAUAUAUGGAAUUAUUCCAAAUCUCCCCACAGGCUGGAUACCCUCCAUUCUGGAGUACAAAUCGGACGGAACUUUUUGGACUUAUUGCACGUGGAAAGUACAGUCUCCCAGACCAAGAAUGGAAAUCCAUCUCAGAUGGAGCCAAGCGACUAAUUAAGAGCAUGGUAAGAGACUUUUUUCGGGGGCUGAGCAACAUUUAUAUUGUUAAUACAACAGUAACUUUUAUACCCCUUAUUUACGUCGUUUGGGUAAAGUAAAUUUAGUACGUCAUGGGGUAUAGUUUCCAAAAUUAGGAUUAUUUUUACCCCAGUGCUGAAAUAGUUCUUUCACGUCUUUGGUACACAGAAAACAGUGUUAGAGCUGUGUUACAUACUAAGUACAGUUGGCCUUGCACUACGGAAAACACAAAUCACCGCGAAAAGAAAGCCAAAGCUACACCAACCUCCUUCUAUUUUCCAGUACACCAGCUUCAAACGACUGUCUGCCAGGGAACUAUUAUUCUGAAAUUAGUGGAAGUGGAAGACACAUUGUGUGAACGAAAUUCGGAUGCAAAUCUGAUUCGCUUUGUUCCUUAAUGGAGAGGUAACUCGAGUUAUCGACUGUUAUCGAGUCAUAUUCCAGCUAACCUCUUGUGAAAAUUCAAAUACAGAUGAAGGCGAGGAGAGGCUGUAAAUGCCUAUGAAGUAGAAUCCAUCCACUCUCUGUCAGAUGUCACUAAUUUCCUUAACAUUACUUUUUGUAGUUCAUGGUUGAUAGGAAUGAACGAGCGACAGCCACAGAGCUUGUUAAAGACCCGUGGACUCAGAAUAGAAAACUAUCGACCGCUCAUCGGAAAGGAACUCUUGAUCACCUCAACGCUUUUAAUGCCAAGAGGAAACUGCGAGGAGCUGUUUACACGAUUUUUGCCUUGAAAAGAAUGAUGGAAAACCCAGAGCCUUUGACGAAUGGCAUUUAAAACAUAAAGUCAUAAUCGGCUUACACUGAGUUUCAGGUUCCUCUCAGUCGUAUAUAUUAAAAAAAAACGCAGUUAACAUAAAUUAUUUUGUCAGUAGGUGUCUACAUAUCAAGCAAAGCCAACUCAGAGGACAAGGACUUUUACAUGUAAAAUGAAUUUUUUUUGUCAAAGAUUUUGUGGGCUUUACAGAUUGUAGAGAAAAACUUUCUCCAACUUAUUUGGAACAAAACGACUAACUGAAACUAAUGACUUUAUUAUGAGACAGUGCUAUAAAGCCCUAGACUAGGCUAGUACAGGGAUAAGCAAAAGCAAAUUAAAAAUAAAAACAACC